CAUCUUCUUGUGGUAAGGCGAUCGAAGCGGCUUUCGGCUUUUACGCAUUGGGUUCGUCGAGGCGUUCAGCCCUAGAAUUCUCUCUCAUAAUUCUACUAACUAUUUCUUCGAUAUUCUUACUCUGAUCAUCUCCAUCAGUAUAUUAGAACAAUUGCUCUUCUUUUCCCUUUCUCUUUCGAUUUAGGGUUUGGGCCUUUUUCUUCUUUUCGUAUUCUUUAAUUUCGCUGUUUAAGUUUCUGCGGCUUUACUCGAACGGUCUAUCGAUUAAUCCCUACUUCGGACACUGUCCGUUAACGUUCGUGCAAAAUGUCUGAUUUAGUGAUCAAGGUGAAGUAUGGUGAUACACUUAGACGCUUUUCUCUGGAUGUCAAAGAAGAUGGCUCUGUUGAUCUCAACAUGGCCCUUUUGAGAGUGAAGAUCCUUGGCCUCUUUAAGUUUGCUCCUGAUGCUGAUCUUAGCCUCACAUAUAUCGAUGAAGACAAAGAUGUUGUAACGCUUGUCGAUGAUGAUGACCUGCAUGAUGCCAUUAAGCAGUGCCUCAAUCCACUGAGAAUAAAUGUAUUGCUGAAUAGUCCUAGAGCUGGAAGAUAUGACACAAGAUCUACUGGUAGUUCAACUCCCAUGAGAUCACCUCGCAUCCAGGUUCCUUCAUUCUCACACAUCAAUUCUGGUGUUACUGAAGUCCUCAAAUCUCUUCCAGAGCCAUUCUGUGAUGCACUCUCAAAACUCUCAAAUGAUUUGGCUGCAAAGGCUGCAUCCUCCACUCCAGUACUGACUGAGCUUGUUGAGUGUUUGACUAAAUUAGGACUCAACCCCAGUAGUUCAGUUUCCCAGUGUAAUGAUGGUGCAAUUUCAACUAUCCUGGGUGGGGCUCCUGAGAACCCAGUUGGCCUCAAAGUGACUGAAGGUCCAGAAUCUUCAAAAGAAUCAGCACAUGUUCAGUAUGCUAUUACUGCCAAUGCAACAUCAGCAGAUGAUAAAAAAGAGUGUGACAGUAGUAAUGAUAACAGGGGUGUGAGGGUGACCUCAUACCCUAAACCUGCUACUUCUGUGGUUGAUCUUAACCUGGAUCCCAGAGAUUCUAUAGCACCAAUAUUUUCUGCUACCAAUUUCACUGUUCCUACAGCUUUCAGACUCAAUGAUAUCAGUGUCAAUGAAAAGGACAUCCAGAAACAGCCAUCACAAGCAUCAAACACAGCCAAGCUGCCCUUCUCAGCAAUUAAUGAUGGAACCAGUGUCUUAGGUGGAUGUAGCAACAAGCAAUUUCCCACUGAGUUUGAGUAUCCUUCCUUAUUACAGGUUGGUUUCAAGCCCCAGAGCAAAUGUCCAUUCAGUGGGCAGACUGUUGAAGAUUCCUCUGGUGUUGUGCCUCCUGGUGGGUACAAUCGUUUCCACCCUUCAAAAAGGAGCUACAACCACUCAGAUAGCAUGGGCAGAGUAUUCCACAAGGGAGUUAGGUGCGAUGGUUGUGGGGUGCAUCCAAUAACAGGCCCCCGGUUUAAGUCGAAAGUGAAAGAAAAUUAUGACCUCUGCAGCAUCUGCUACUCAGAAACGGGCAACGAGGCUGAAUAUAUUAGAAUGGACCGUCCAAUACCAUACCGGUCUCACCGGUUGUUUAAAGAGUUAUAUGAUACUCGUCAUCAGUUUCCAACCCCAUUACUACCACCCAUGCUGCAAGGUGGUGGAACAAAACCAUGGCGACCAAGGCUUGAUAGUCGUUUCAUUCAAGAUGUGAAUGUCGUCGAUGGAACCAUGAUGGCCCCAGAAACCCCAUUUACUAAGAUAUGGCGGAUGCAGAACAAUGGUACUACUGUGUGGCCCUGUGGAACACAACUCGUGUGGAUUGGAGGGGACAAUUUCUCUCACAAAGAUUCUGUGGAGUUCGAGAUUCCAGCGGAUGGCUUCCCUGUGGACAAAGAAAUAGAUAUUGCUGUUGAUUUUAAGGCUCCUCAGCUCCCCGGUCGUUAUUUGUCAUAUUGGAGGAUGGCAUCACCCUCAGGCCAAAAGUUUGGGCAGCGAGUGUGGAUCAUCAUCCAGGUUGAUGGUUCCCUUGAGGACUCCACUGCUAGUAGUUUGCAUGGCUUGAACUUGAACUUGCCCCCUGAGAGCAAUGGGGCAAAAGGCCCUGAGAUUAUUGAUGUGAAUAUCGAGCCUGCAGAUAGUAGCCAUCUAGAGUCUGUCUGCUCUAACAUGGGGAAGGAAUUGGUAAAGCCUGCCAUAGACGAAUCCCCAAGAAAAGAUCGAGCACUUGAGUUCCCUGUAAAUGACAGCUUACUUGUUGGCAGCGGUGUUUCUGUUCCUGUCAUUCCAGGAGCACCUGCUUCAGUAUCAUAUCCAAUGAUUGAUCUCUCCGAAGGGCCUUCUGAACCUUCUCCAGUGAUGGCUAUGGAUACAUCAGUUGAAGAGACCAACACUAAUGUUGUUGAGCAAACCCUCCUGAAGGAGCUUGAAGAGAUGGGUUUCAAACAGAGUGACUUGAACAAGGAAAUCUUGAGGAUGAAUGGGUAUAACUUGUGGCAGUCUGUUGAUGAUCUCUGUGAUGUUGCAGAGUGGGACCCAAUCCUUGGGGAGCUGCAAGAAAUGGGAUUCUGUGACAGAGAGGCAAAUAAGAAGUUGCUGAUUAAGAAUGGUGGAAGCAUCAAGCAAGUUGUCCUUGAUCUUAUUGCCGGAGAGGGAGCUUAGAAACAUCUCCACCUGCCUUAUGAUGUAGAUAUUAGUUAGUAGGGUAUAGUGAAUAUCUCCAUUGUUCAUGUUAAAAACUUGUAAUCUGAGUAUAUAUCUUAGGUGUUAUAGAUACUUUUAACU